UUGAUUCCUUAUAGGUGUGAUUAAUUAUUUUUAUGAAUUACUGUACAUAUGUGGUGCAGACAGGUCUAUUUUUUUCAACUCUUAAUCACGCUCUGUAUUAGGUCAGCUGGGUCGAAUAUAACCAGAGCUGUUUAGAACAUUUUCACUAUAGCAUUUGGUCACUAUAUAAGCACUAUCUCUUUUGAUAAAAGUGGCAUGAAGAGGAAUAUUUUCGUAGCAUUAGCUUUCUAAAACAUUCAUAAAAAGACUUUAUUUUUCUGCUGUUUGAAAAAUUAGCAGAGGAAGCUAAAUUAUUUAACGCAAGGCUAUCGCUUUCCUCUUGGUCAGUUGGCAGGGUAACUAUAGCAGAAUUUCAUUUAUUAUUAACCAACUCGGUAGCAACACGGACGCCUCUUCCCACAGAGUCCCUGGGCUGCCGAACGCGUGGGUUCAUGGCCACGCGAAAGAAAUCAAAUGAAGGCUGUCAUGUUGUGUAACCCAACAAAACUUCACUGAGACACAAUGUAGAACGGGGAUCAUGUAAAAGUGUUGCUUUUUUUCCAAUGGAGGGAGCAAAUACGAGAGCUGGGGACGAGAAACCUGCGAAAAAAGUGAGGUUUCGGGUGUCGUCAGCAAACAGCGGUCGGAUCUUAAAGGAGGUGUUCAAAGACGAGGGACCUUCAGACUCUCUGGACUCUGACGGCAACAGCAGCUCAGAGGCAGAGCGGGACAGCACACCCCCGGCCAACGAUGCCAGCGGACACCUCAACGGCCUGCUGGGCCCGGAACCGGACGACAGUGGGAGCGAACUUGACGACCUGCUCAUGUAUGCCGGGGCCUGCCGGGACAGACCCUUCGGCACCAGGCGGGUCAACAUCCUCAGCAAAAACGGGACUGUGCGCGGCGUGAAGCACAAAGUGAGCGCUGGGCAGGCGCUCUUCAGCAACCUCAGCAGUGUCUAUGGGCCAACAGUGAGGCUCGAGUUUGGGCGGAUUGUGAUCUACACCACCAGUUUCCGUGUGGUGCGAACCACGUUCGAGCGCUGCGAGCUGGUGCGCAAGAUCUUCCAGAACCACAGAGUCAAGUUCCUGGAGAGAAACGUGGCCUUGAACAGUAACUUCGGCAAGGAACUGGAGGAGAGGUGCCGGCGAGUGGGAGAAUUACCCUCUCUGCCGGUGGUCUUCAUCGAUGGACACUACCUUGGGGGAGCUGAAAAAAUUCUGGGUAUGAAUGAAUCAGGAGAGCUCCAGGAUCUUCUCACCAAAAUCGAGAAGGUGCAGCACCCGCAUACUUGCUCCACCUGUGGGGACUUUGCCUUCAUCCCGUGCCCCGUGUGCCAUGGCAGCAAGAUGUCUCUAUUCCGGAACUGCUUCACAGAUUCAUUCAAGGCCCUCAAGUGCACUGCCUGCAAUGAGAACGGCCUGCAGUCUUGCCCCAGAUGCUCCUCUUAGGGCUGCAGCCACAAGCAUUCCACAUACACAAACUCUUUGUCUCCCCCUAGAGGACUGACAUGGGACUGACAACAUCCAUCCAUGUUCCUAAUGCUUAGCCUAAGCAGGGUCAUGUGGGUGGGCCUGGAACCUAUCCCACGAAGUGCAGGGCAAACAUGUGAAUGUCAAUAAAAGCUUUGGUUUCUUAGAUGACUGUAAGAUCCUACAGUUGACGAUUUAAAAAAAAAAAAAAAAAAACAUUACUUCAAGAGAUGCUCCAUCUAGGUUGUUUUGUCGGAAAUUGCUUAAUCUCUGAGAUUUUGGCCUUAGAGCUGAUGGGUUACUCUCAAACAUAAUGGGAAUGAAUGACAUUCUUUCAAUGUUUACUAAAGUGCCAGAAAAGUACAUUUCAAAGAUUCAAUAGCAAUGUCUUACCAGAAAUCAUGACCCAGUUAUUGAAUAUAAUCCACAAACUUGAUAGUGAGCAGUUUAACGUAUGAACUAUUCUUUGCAGAAUAUUUCCAAACACCAAUGGUAUCACUGGGCAAAAGAUAUCGCCAGGGUGUCCGCUUGUAUCUUCUGUGCAGUGACACGAUUGGUGUGUGGGGUGAGGGGUGGGGACAUGCAAGAUCCAUACAGACAGCACAGUCAACAGUGAGCCACCAUGCUGUCCGUCAUUUUGCAACAUCUGGAAAAUUAGGAACUGUAGUAAUCAGGUUAAUCGUCAACGCAACAAAUUAUACAUUAAAUAAAUCCAUCAAAACCGAGAAAACACUGAGAAACAACACAGUCCACUGAAUAAUCCAGGGGCUUGUAUCAAGAAGCCAGAUUUCUUGCUUAGCUGGAUGAUCAGUCAGAUUUAAGGUACCCCAGUCUAAAUGGACUUUGUUCACUUACAUUUAGCCCAGACUACCUUAAAUCUGACAAAUUAUCCGGUUAAGGAAUCCUGCUUCGUGAUACAGGCCGCAGGCUAUGCAUGUUGGUAGAUGUCAGGCAUUAUUAACCAGCUGUAAUUGGUUUUAAUAUAUUUCCAUGCAAAAUAAACCCCAAACCUUGGAUACCAUGUACUAU